GAAACGUCAGCCCUUGAUCGUUUCUACUAUGCAGAUGUCGUGGUUGGUGACCUAAGCGAAAGUGCUCAGCGAGCACCGCUGUUCUAUCAGCUGGGAGUGCGAGACAGCUUCGAUAUGCUACACAACAUCGUAACAUUUCUUGACAAGGAUGAGGAAGAGACGUUGGCGUUGCUAAAGCUGUCGUGCACUACCUACAAGUUUGUUCCUUAUUAUGUGUUGGAAGACGGCAGUGUUAUUGCUACUGAAGUUCAACAUGGAGGUGGAAAACAGAAUGGGACACGAACAGGAGUGCCAUUGGUUCGGAAGUUUCGAAGGAUGUUGCAGGAAAUGGAUGUGGCAGCUCGUAAGCAGCACAAGGAGUAUUUUCUAAGUGCUUUACGUAAAGCCAGGGAAAAUUCGAAAGGAGAAGAACUUAAAGAGGAGUUGGGAAGAAUCAAGAAGAUGAUGGAUGAAGAUCCACGUUUGUACUCAGGAGAUAUUAUUGUACAGUUGCUACUGACAUACAGGGACAUGCAGGAUUAUGAUGCUAUGGUGAAUCUAGUUGAGCAGUUACCUGUUGAUGAGCAAACACAGAAGGCUGCUGUUCAACAGCAUUAUGCCUUUGCUUUGAAUCGACGGAAAAAUGAAGGUGACAGGGAGAAAGCCUUGGCGAUUCUAAAAGAAGUAUUGAAAAAGAAAGAGAACCAUGUACCUGAUCUUCUCUGUCUUUGUGGACGCAUUUACAAAGACAUAUUUGUUGAAUCUGAGUAUGGAGACCAAGAAUCGUUAGAAAAUGCUAUUGUGUGGUAUCGACAGGGGUUUGAUGUCCAACCUAAUGUGUAUGCUGGUAUCAAUCUGGCAACUCUGCUUGUCAUAUCAGGCAAACAGUUCAACAAAUCAACAGAACUACAAAGAAUAGGCAUCACAUUGAACAAUCUCUUGGGAAAGAAGGGGAGCCUGGAGUCUUUACAAGACUACUGGGAUGUGGCCACAUUCUUUGAGAUAAGUGUAUUGGCUGAAGACUACAGCAAAGCGUGUGCCGCUGCUGAGUGUAUGUUCAAGAUGAAGCCACCAGUAUGGUAUCUCAAAUCAACUCUUGGAAACAUCAACUUGAUCAACUCUUUGAGGAAGGAUGAGACUGAGAAUGUAAGCCAAGAGAAAACGGGAUUUGAUUUCUGGAUGGAUUUUUUUGUUGAGGCUACAGUUGAAACAACAGCUGCAGUCAGAUUUCCAGUGCUUGUUCUUGAACCGAGCAAAAUCUAUGUCCCAAGUUAUGUGGUUGUACACACAGACACCGAUGAGAAGUCCAUUGAGCUGUGUCACGUAUGCUGGCCUCAGUCGUUGGAAAAGUUUCCCCACAACUGGAAAUUUUCUGCUGACUCAAUCAAAAGUGUUAGCCUGUACAAGAGGGAGGAGAGAUGUUUGUUCCUCUAUGUGCAAGAAAACUCUGAUGACUUUCAGGUCUUCUUUCCAUCUAUAGCUCACAGACAAAGGUUUCAUGAAUUGUCUAUGCGUAUUGUGGAUCUGGAGGAGGUAGGACAAGACAUUGAUCAGGAGGAGGAGGGAUUUCCUUAUGAGUAUGAAUAUGAUGAGAAAACAAAUGAAAGAGUUAUUCUCGGUCGAGGAACAUUUGGUGUCGUCUAUGCAGGAUUUCAUUCAAGCACCAAACAGCGCCUGGCUAUUAAGGAAGUUCCUGAGAAAGACAAAAGUGAUGUGCAGCCUCUCCAUGAAGAGAUACGACUUCAUCAGCAGCUUCACAAUAAUAACAUUGUUCGCUACCUUGGGUCUCGAAGUGAGGAUGGUUUCUUCAAGAUUUUUAUGGAGCGAGUGCCUGGAGGGAGCUUGGCAUCUUUACUGAAGAAACACUGGGGUCCUUUGAAGAACGAUGAGAAGAUAAUUCGACAUUACACACGGCAGAUUGUAGCAGGAUUGAAUUAUUUGCAUAACCAAAAAAUAGUUCACAGAGAUAUUAAAGGUGACAAUGUAUUGGUGAAUACAUACAGUGGUGUUGUCAAGAUAUCUGACUUUGGUACAUCAAAACGACUGUCUGGCAUCAAUCCUAGCAGUGCAUCAUUUACUGGGACAAUGCAGUUUAUGGCUCCAGAAGUAAUUGAUGCUGGCCAGAGAGGAUAUGGAAUGAAGGCUGACAUUUGGUCUCUUGGCUGCACUGUGAUAGAAAUGGCGACUGGUCUGCCACCAUUCUUUGAACUGGGUAGCCCUCAUGCUGCUGUCUUCAAAGUUGGGUUUCACAAAAUCCAUCCCGAUAUUCCAGAGGAGAUGUCAGAGGAUGCCAAGAGUUUUCUCAAAAGAUGCUUUGAUCCUAAUCCUGGAACAAGAGCAUCAGCAGUUGAGCUUCUUCAACAUCCAUUCUUAGCUGUAAAAAGGACCAAGUCUGGCGAUUCUAAAAAACGGCCUAACUCUGUUGCAACAACACUUCCCGAGGAUCGGUAUCAACGUAGUUACUCCACACCUGUUCUACAAGAUGCAAACACAGCAUCUUCAGUUGAUAACAGAACUGCUUCUAAAUAUGUUGAAGUUUUGCUGUGGAAAUGAUAAUUGAGUUGAUGGUCAAUGUCAAACUUUACUAGCUAGUUGAGACUUGUGUUGGAU